AUGCACAUUGAAGAAAUAGAUGCUCACUACCUUACCUGCAGGAUCCAGGAAUGUGCUGAGACAACUCGUAGUGGGCCCUUUGCCCGCUCCAUUGACACCAGUUCCCUGGUGGUCCAGGAUGAAUAUAUCUUCAUUCAGGUAACAAGUGGUGGAAGAGCCAGCUACUACGUGUCCUAUCGAAGAGAGGCCUUUGCUCAGAUAAAGCUGCCCAAAUACUCAUUGCCAAAGGACAUGCACAUCAUCAGCACAGAUGAGAAUCAAGUGUUUGCAGCCGUUCAAGAAUGGAACCAGAAUGACACGUACAACCUCUACAUCUCAGACACACGUGGGAUCUACUUCACCUUGGCCAUGGAGAACAUUAAGAGCAGCCGAGGUCUAAUGGGAAACAUUGUUAUUGAAUUGUAUGAGGUAGCAGGUAUCAAAGGGAUAUUCCUGGCAAACAAGAAGGUGGAUGACCAGGUGAAGACAUACAUCACUUACAACAAAGGCAGGGAUUGGCGCCUACUGCAAGCUCCAGAUGUGGACCUGAGAGGAAGCCCAGUGCAUUGCCUGCUGUCACAGAGCAGUCUCCUGUGUUUAGCAAGAGGCCAGAGUUCUUCUGAAAGCAACAUUGGCCCGGAGCUCUCCUAUACUGAUAUUGGUGUGUUCAUCUCCUCUGAUGGGGGCAACACAUGGAGACAGAUCUUUGAUGAAGAGUACAAUGUCUGGUUCCUAGACUGGGGUGGCGCCCUCGUGGCCAUGAAACACACACCUCUGCCAGUCAGGCAUUUGUGGGUGAGUUUUGACGAGGGUCACUCCUGGGACAAGUACGGCUUCACUUCUGUUCCUCUCUUCGUCGAUGGGGCUCUGGUGGAGGCAGGAGUGGAGACGCACAUCAUGACAGUUUUUGGCCACUUCAGCCUCCGCUCUGAAUGGCAGUUGGUGAAAGUGGACUACAAGUCAAUCUUCAGUCGGCGCUGCACCAGGGAGGACUAUCAGACCUGGCACCUGCUCAAUCAGGGAGAGCCUUGCGUCAUGGGGGAAAGGAAAAUAUUCAAGAAACGCAAGCCAGGAGCUCAGUGUGCCCUGGGCCGAGACUACUCAGGGUCGGUGGUCUCAGAACCCUGUGUUUGUGCCGACUGGGACUUUGAGUGUGACUAUGGCUAUGAGAGACAUGGGGAGAGCCAGUGUGUCCCAGCUUUCUGGUACAAUCCAGCAUCCCCAUCAAAGGACUGCAGCCUUGGUCAAAGCUACUUUAACAGCACUGGGUACCGGCGGAUUGUGUCCAACAACUGCACAGAUGGGCUGAGGGAGAAGUACACUGCCAAGGCCCAGAUGUGCCCCGGAAAAGCCCCUCGGGGCCUCCACGUGGUGACAACCGAUGGGCGCCUGGUGGCAGAGCAGGGACACAAUGCAACCUUCAUCAUCCUCAUGGAGGAGGGAGAUCUCCAAAGGACAAACAUCCAGCUUGACUUUGGGGAUGGAAUUGCUGUGUCCUACGCUAAUUUCAGCCCCAUCGAGGACGGCAUCAAGCACGUGUAUAAGAGUGCAGGGAUCUUCCAGGUGACAGCCUAUGCAGAGAACAACCUUGGCUCAGAUACGGCGUUCCUCUUCCUGCAUGUGGUUUGUCCCGUGGAGCAUGUUCAUCUCCGAGUUCCAUUUGUCACCAUAAGAAAUAAGGAGGUCAACAUCAGUGCAGUCGUGUGGCCCAGUCAGAUGGGGACCCUUACCUAUUUCUGGUGGUUCGGCAAUAGUACGAAGCCCCUCAUCACCUUGGACAGCAGCAUUUCCUACAUAUUCCUUGCAGAGGGAACCAACACCAUCACUGUCCAGGUGGCCGCUGGGAAUGCCCUUAUUCAGGACACAAAAGAUAUUGCAGUUCAUGAAUACUUCCAGUCCCAGCUCUUGUCAUUCUCUCCCAAUCUGGAUUACCACAACCCUGACAUUCCUGAGUGGAGGCAAGAUAUUGGCAAUGUCAUCGAGCGAGCUCUGGUUAAGGUAACCAGUGUCCCAGAAGACCAGAUCCUGGUUGCCGUGUUCCCUGGCCUUCCCACUUCAGCAGAGCUCUUCAUUCUCCCACCCAAGAACUUGACCGAGAGGAGGAAAGGCAAUGAAGGGGACCUGGAACAAAUUGUAGAGAUGCUGUUUAAUGCUCUCAACCAAAACUUGGUCCAGUUUGAGCUGAAGCCAGGGGUUCAAGUUAUUGUGUAUGUCACUCAGCUGACAUUAGCUCCGCUGGUGGACUCCAGUGCUGGGCAUAGCAGCUCAGCAAUGCUCAUGCUCUUGUCAGUGGUGUUUGUUGGCCUGGCUGUGUUUCUGAUCUACAAGUUUAAAAGGAAAAUUCCCUGGAUUAACAUCUAUGCUCAAGUCCAGCAUGACAAGGAACAGGAGAUGAUUGGGUCAGUGAGCCAAAGUGAAAACGCCCCCAAAAUUACACUCAGUGACUUCACCGAGCCCGAGGAGCUGCUGGACAAAGAGCUGGACAGCCGGGUCAUAGGAGGCAUUGCCACCAUUGCAAACAGUGAAAGCACAAAGGAGAUCCCCAACUGUACUAGUGUUUAAUACCAACAAGCCACGUGGUCAACCACCUUUUUGACUUUUUAUUUUUGAUGUUUACUAUUACUAUUAUUAUGGGAAAAUGAAAAUGUCUUUUUUACCUUUUGUUUACCUAGGGCCCCUUCAUAAAUAGUAGGCAAAUGCUUAGCUUUGGGAGAAAAAGGCAUUCUUAGCUGAUUAAAAUGAGACAAAAAAGAAUAAAUGGCUGUAUUUGGGCUAUGGGCAAAGGGUGCAUCUUCCCACAGCCUUUAUUCUGCCAUUUGUAGUGGUAGGACUCUCUUUUUCCUGGUGGUCUUUCUUUUUUUUAAUUUAAAUUGGGUUGGAUUUCAUUAACUCCUUACCCCUCAAAACAUCACCUACACUCUCCCCCACCCCAGUGUGCAUACAUACAACACAAACCAUUUCCAAGUUAGAUCUGCAGGAGGGAGUUUGGUGGAGAGUGGACUUAGCUACAGAAAGCGUGCACACCUUUAUGAAAGAGGCCCUGCCUCGUGCAUGUCAAUAGCAGGGCUACAGAUGGCUGAUUGUAUAUAAUUACAAUGUAAAUAGCUUUUUAUUUCCUAAGAAAUAAUUUAAUGUU